AUGGUACUUAACGAACCCGAUCGUGACUCUAAUAAAGUGUACACCGCUGUAAAAACUGGAAAUAGACAUGUUAGCGAAUUCACGUGGAAAUUUUGGAAAAGAAAACGACACGUCGUGACACUCCUCACAUUUUUCGGCUUUUUCAACGUGUAUGCCCUAAGAUCAAACAUAAGCAUCGCUCUAGUCGACAUGAUUUCUUUGAAAAACGUUACAUUGGAAAAUAACACCAUCGUUGAAAAGAGGGAAUUCGAUUGGCAGCCGGUCCAGCUGGGGUACGUUCUGAGUUCGUUUUUCUACGGUUACGUUUUUACGCAACUCCUGGGGGGUUAUUUAGCUGCGAGAUUCGGAGGAGCCAAAAUAUACGGCAUCGGAAUAGCUGCUACCGCAAUAUUCACAUUGGCCACUCCUGCCGCUGCCAAGACGAAUAUUUACUGCUUAAUAGCGGUCAGAUCGCUGGAAGGACUAUUCGAGGGCGUUAAUUUUCCGUCGUCGAUGGCGAUUUGGGCGAAUUGGGCGCCUCCUGCGGAGAAAUCCCGGAUAACGUCCAUCUGCUUAUCCGGUAGUCAUCUAGGAACUGUUAUAGCGAUGCCAGUUAGUUCAUUGUUGUGCUUCUAUUUGGGAUGGGAAAGCAUCUUUUAUGUAUUCGGCGCGCUCGCUUUGUUGUGGUACGUUGUAUGGGUAAUUUUAGUGAGGGAUUCCCCUUCGGAAGAUCCGCGAAUUAAACCCGAGGAAUUACUUUUCAUUAAUGAAGCCGUCAACGCAAUCGAGCCCACAAUCAAACCAGCAAUUCCUUGGAGAUCGAUACUUACUUCGAAGGCUGUGUGGACUAUAACGGCAUUAAUUUGCUGCGAAACCUGGGGUUUCCACACUUUUGUGGCGUUUUUACCGGCGUUGAUGAAAUCUGGGCUAAAUUUUGAUUUGAACAGUUCCGGGUUUCUUACGGCUUUGCCGUAUAUAGCAAUGUGCGUCGCGAUUACAAUAGGUGGGCACCUAUCUGAUUGGUUAAUUAGGAGGAAAAUUAUGACUGUGACUAAUGUUAGAAAAACGGUGAUAAUAGUUGGAUUUACGGGCCAAGCUUUUUGCCUGUUUGCCGCAGCUAAAUGGUUAUCCAGAGUAUUGACGCCUACGUUUACUGUAAUAGGAGCAGGGUUUUUAGGAAUUGCCUUAUCUGGAGUAACCGUGAGUAUCCUGGAUAUAGCACCUCAAUUUUCAAGUGUCAUUCUUGGACUUGCCAAUACGUGUGGAGCUAUGCCCGGAAUUGUUAGCCCAAUCUUAUCAGGAUACAUUGUUAAGGAUUUGACAAACGUAGAUCAAUGGAAGAUCAUAUUUUAUAUAGCAGCGGGAAUAUAUAUGUUUGGCGCCUUUUUGAGUGUAUUUUUGCUGACUGCAGAAAAACAGCCUUGGGCCAAAACGAUGAAUACUGUUAGCUCAUAAAAUAAAACAUAUCAAUGUUGAAUCAGUCAAUCAGCUAGUGACUUCUACAGAUCGAAUUAUACAUAUGUAGAUAUGGGUAAGUGAAGGUUUGCAAUAUGGUUAAUUCUAAGAGUUGAACAAGAAAUAUUAUUGAAAUGCCAGUGGCCAGAGUGACAAAAAUUGCAAUCCCACAAUAUCACUCCGUCUUUUUCCUUUAUGAGAGACUGAUUGUAGCUGUCCUUGUUGCAUUCAUAGACCAUUUUGCG